AUGAAACUGUUCCCUUUCCCGACUCCAAAGCUCCUGACACCACGUCUUCAAAUCGUCCGGUAUCGCCACACUCACUUCAAUAUGAGACAUACUGACCCGCUUCCCGUUGUAAGGAAUCCCCUCAUACUGGGUGCGCGGUCUAUCCGCAACAUCGGGAUCAAUACAGGUGGCAGUAUACUCGAACAUGCGGUGUCGCGGCUCGAUCUGGUUUAUUUAACGCUCGCUGUACUCGCAACAUCCACGGUAUUUGAUCUUGGCCUCAAGAUCGUGGAGGUACUUUGGGUUGUGGCUUUCUCGCGCAUCGCGUAUCAAGUUAAGGUCUGGGUCCAGGUCGACCUUGUCCUAUGCUUCUGGGUAAUCAACCAGGAUGCAGAUCUGCGGGUAGCCAGGGCCCGAUAUGUCUCUUCAGCUGCCGUCUCAGGGUACCAAAUACAGUAA